AAGUUGGAAGUGGCGUUGAAACGACCUGGUCUUGUUGCUAUGGUGACGUGUAAUUGGUUGCCACGGUCUUCCAGCGCCACCUUGCGACUGCAGCGAGAAUGUAGGCGUCGCAGUGAAGUUGUCCCGCCAUCGUUUUGUUUCUCCACAUUGCUCGAUCCAUCAUGGCGAUGCACGCUAAGGCUACUCCACCACAGAUCCCGGACACCCGCCGGGAGCUUGCCGAGCUGGUGAAGAGGAAACAGGAGCUUGCAGAGACUCUUGUGAAUUUGGAACGACAAAUCUACGCAUUUGAAGGUAGUUACCUAGAAGACACGCAGAUGUAUGGCAACAUCAUCAGAGGAUGGGACAGAUACUUAACCAACCAAAAGAACUCAAACAGUAAGACUGAUAGAAGAAAUAGAAAAUUCAAGGAGGCAGAGCGUCUGUUCAGCAAGUCAUCAGUCACGUCCGUUGCAGCGGUAUGUGCACUCGGCGGGAUACCGGAUCACAUGACCGAGAAACGUGAGGCGGGCAGCGGUACAGAAAGCGACGCCUCCCCGGAUCUCCAGAACCAAGAGAAUGAGCCCAGCCAGGAGGACACGGAGGACGUGGACUCCAGUGCACUGCAGGACUUGAAACCCCAAAAGGCUGCCUCCUCUUCGUCCUCCGGCAGCCAUCACGGAAGCCACAAGAAGAGGAAGAACAAAAACCGGCACAGCCCUUCUGCCAUGUUUGAUUAUGACUUUGAGUUCGACAUGAAGGUGAACAAGAAACCAAGAGCUGACUAUUCCACUUGAGACCUGGACUCGUACGACCCCCACUUGUCACAUUUCAGCCUGUGAUGUGUGUACCGUUCAAAACAUUCCCAACCUGCAUGUUACUACACACCAGCCAGUAACAUUUUGUAUAGUGUUGAAAAAAAAAGACUAUUUAUUUUCUAGGCAAUGAACACAUUUUCCAUUGUUUUGUUUUUUCAUCUUUUUGUAAACGCCACAUUGUUGUGAAUCCUCUCCAAAGCUAUUCUUUUAUUUCAUGGUGUUUUUCAAGAAAAUAAUAAAAUGAAAGUGACGUUCG